AUGGGGAGGGUUUAUUACCUCUCUUUGGAAUUUUAUAUGGGCCGAACAUUACAAAACACCAUGAUCAACCUUGGCCUGCAAAAUGCCUGUGAUGAGGCCAUUUAUCAGCUUGGAUUGGAUAUGGAAGAAUUAGAAGAAAUUGAAGAAGAUGCUGGGCUUGGCAAUGGUGGUCUUGGGAGGCUUGCUGCCUGCUUCUUGGAUUCCAUGGCAACCCUGGGGCUUGCAGCCUAUGGAUAUGGUAUCCGAUACGAAUAUGGAAUCUUCAAUCAGAAGAUCCGAGAUGGGUGGCAGGUAGAAGAGGCAGAUGAUUGGCUCCGGCAUGGAAACCCCUGGGAGAAGGCCCGCCCCGAGUUCAUGCUGCCUGUGCACUUCUACGGAAAAGUGGAGCAUAGCCAGGCUGGGGCCAAGUGGAUCGACACCCAG